UUGUAUCCAUAAACCAACAACAAAAGAUGAUCCGAAGAGCAGGAACAGGAAGGCUAGGUGGUGUGAGGUUGUUCUCCCAACUGUCCCCUCCCACAGACACCGACGGCACCAUUCUGUCACGUCUCAAACACAAAGACUGGCUCACACCAAAAGAAGCCACCAAACUCCUAACCUCUCUCACACACCCAUCCUCCACCCUCUCCUUCUUCCACCUCUACACCUCUCGCAAGGAUUUUCACCCCACCGAGCCUCUCUGCACCGCCCUCGUAACCAAGCUGGCCCAGGCCCACCACCUCGGCCCAAUCCUCUCCCUCCACCAAGCCCUCACCCAAACGCACCGUUUCUCCGACAAUUUCUUCUACACCCUCGUCAAGUCCUACGCGCACCCCUUCCGCCGCGUCGACAUGUCCCUCAGCACGCUCCUCCGAAUGCCCUUCCCCCCCUCAGCGCGCACCUUCAACUUCGUCCUCAACCUCCUCGUCGCCGCGCGCCUCCACGACGCCGCGCGCGACCUCUUCCUCCGCGCGCCGGCGCUGGGGGUGGCGCCGGACGCCUGCACGCUCAACAUCCUCGUCAAGGGGCUGUGCGCGCGCGGCGAGGUGGACGCGGCGUUUAGGGUUUUGGGGGAGUUUGGGAAUUUGGGGUGUGCGGCGAACGCGUGGACCUACGCGGCGCUGAUGAAGGGGUUGUGCGAGGAGGGGAGGGUGGCGGAGGCGGUGGGGAUGUUGGAGAGGAUGGAGGAGGGAGGGGUGGAGGCUGACGUGGCGGUGUUUAAUGUGGUGGUUGGGGGGUUGAGGAGGGAGGGGAGGGUGGAGGAGGGGUGGGGGUUGUUGGAGGGGAUGGUGGAGAGAGGGGUGUGUCCCAAUGAGGGGACUUAUAAUGAGGUGGUGUGUGGGUUGGUGGAGGGGGGGAGGGUGGAGGAGGCUAGGGGGGUGGUGGAGAGGAUGGGGAAGGAGGGGUUUGUGCCUAGCUUUGGGGCUUAUAAGGGGUUGGUUAAGGGGUUUUGUGAGGGGGGGAUGGUGGAGGGGGUUGAGUGGGUUUUGGGGGAUAUGGUGAGGAAGGGGUUUGUGCCUAGGAUGGGGAUGUGGAGGUUGGUUGUGAAGUGUGUUGUUGAUAGGGAGAAUAAUGGAUGGGUGGGUGGUGCUAUUGAUGGUGUUUUGGAGGAUUAGUUAACAAGAGGAGGAAAGUUGCAUGCAAUUUUGUGAAUGAUGUUUGUGUUGUUUUAUGAUCAGAAUUGGAGUUUUAUCUCGAUUAUUUGCAGAAUGGAGAUUUGUUGUAUUAAAGAUUAUCAAGGUGAAAUUUUGAAUUUGGAGAACAGGAGAAAGAAUGAUUGGUGAGGAUGGGGUUUUUGCCCAGGAUGGGGAUGGGUAUGGGGGGUAUGUUGUGAUGUAUGUUGUUGAAAGGGGAGGGAGUUCUGGGUGGGUGGCUGGUUGUAUUGAUGGUAUUUUGGAGGAUUAACCACCCCCUCAUGAUGCAAGCUAACUCACCACCAUCUGUUAGUCCUGAGAGAUGGGAAACUUUCAGGGACAAAUGUGAUGGGCUUUGAUUAGUCAGUCUGCUUGUUUUACUCAUCAUCUGCAAAUUUUCUGAAGUGCGGUUAUGGGAUAUUACAAGGUUUUAAAAUGUGGCAGCAGUUAUUCUUUCGACACAAAUCUUCUUGUUGGUGAAAAUUCUUGCUGAUAAACGUAAGACUACAACUGCAGUUGUGUGGUUCCAAAAAUUUUGAAAGUGCGGCUGAAAUCGCAGUUGGGAUUUUUUUGUUAAACCUUGGGUGUUACUUAGUUGAAAGCCAUAGAAAAAGUUGGGCUGCUAUUAUGCAUGGAACGAGUUGUGAAUUCGUCAAUUGAAAACCUGGUGCCACAUUAAGUGUACUGUGAUUCUGAUGGGCUCGGUUCAUGAGUGAGAAAAUUGGAGAAUAUGUUUCGGUUGGGAAUAUGUUGCUAUAUUGAUGUUGUUUUGGAGGAUUAACAGCAUACUUAUCUAUAUGUAGUCCUGAAAGAUUUUCAGGACUAAUUUAUAUGGCGGGGUGCUUGUUCUAGGGACCAAUGUGAUAAAUUUUUAUGUUCCGAGACUGUUAUGAUUGAUUGUAUAUCUUUCAAGGAUUAAUCUUUAUACUUUAGUCAUCAUAUGCAAAUACUCAUGACUGCGGUUUUUGGGAUACUGCUCGUAACGAGUGUGUUUGGAUAGGUGUCACAUAGCCCUGGACGGCCAUCACUCCCAAAGGAACUAAAAAUUGCUUUUGCGUUACUUGUGAAAUUGGAUGUGAAUUUUACAAGAACAUGGCUGCGAAGACACAGCCAAAUACUUACUUGGGACUUAGUUAGGAGGUCCAAAGAAAGUUGAAGUGCCACUCACUAUAUGCAUGGAACAAAUUGUGAAUUCUUCAACUAGGCACAUCAAGGGUACCAUGAUUCUGCCCUGGCUUAGUUCACGUGAGAACUUGGGUUCCCACUAACAGUUGCAUUGGAACGCAUGUGAGAAUGUAGCAUCUAGCAACUCAGUCCAAUUUGUUCUUUUUAUCUUUCAGAGGGGAUUUUUAUUACUGUAGUGUUCUGAAAUGUAUUAUUAUGGUGAAUAAAACAUAGACACUUGACCAUUUAAAAAUU